CAUGAUGAUGAGGAUGAUGACGAGGAUGAUGAUGAUGAGAAUGAUGAUGAGGAUGAUGACCAGGAUAACAAUGAAGAUGAUGAUGAUGAUGAUGUUGAGGAUGAUGAUGUGGAUGAUGAUGAGGAUGAUGAUGAGGUUGAUGAUGAGGAUGACGAUGAGGAUGAUGAUGAAGAUGAUGAUGAUGAUGAUGAUGAGGAUGAUGAUGAGGAUGAUGAUGAGGAUGAUGACGAUGAUUUUGAUGAGCCUGAUGAUGAGGAUGAUGAUGAGGAUAAUGAUGAGGAUGAUGAUGAGGAAGAUGAUGAUGAGGAUGAUGAUGAGAAUGAUGACCAGGAAAACGAUGAAGAUGAUGAUGAGGUUGAUGUUGAGGAUGAUGAUUUGGAUGAUGAUGAGGAUGAUGAUGAGUGUGAUGAUGAGGAUGACGAUGAGGUUGCUGAUGACGAUGAUGAUGAGGAUGACGAUCAGGCUGAUGAUGAGGAUGAUGAAGAGGAUGAUGAUGAGUAUGAUGUUGAGCAUUAUGUUGUGGAUGAUGAUGAGGAUGAGGAUGAGGAUGAUGAUGAGGAUGAUGAUGAGAAUGAUGAUGAGGAUGAUGAUGAGGAUAACGAUGGGGAUAAUGAUGAGGAUGAUGAUGAGGAUGAUGAUGGGGAUGAUGAUGAGGAUGAUGUUGAGGAUAAUGAUGAGGAUGAGGAUGAUGACGAGGAUGAUGAUGAGGAUGAUGAAGAGGAUGAUGAUGACCAUGAUGAUGAGGAUCAUGAUAAGGAUGAUGAUGAGGAUGAUGAGGAUGAUGAUGAUCAGUAUGAUGAUGAGGACGAUGAUGAGGAUGAUGAUGAGGAGGACGAUGAUGAAUAUGAGGAUAAUGAUGAGGAUGAUAAUGAGGAUGACAGUGAUGAUGAGCAUGAUGAUGAGGAUGAUGAGGAUGAUGAUGAGGCUGAUGUUGAGGAUGAUGAUGAGGAUGAUGAUGAUAUGAUAGAUGAUGAUGAGGAUAAUGAUGAGGAUAAUGUUCUGGAUGAUGAUGAUGAUGAUGAGGAUAAUGAUGAGGAUGAUGAUAAGGAUGAUGAUGAGGAUGAUGAAGAGGACGAUGAUGAUGACGAUGAUGAGAAUCAUGAUGAGGAUGAUGAUGUGGAUGAGGAUGAUGGUGAGGAUGUUGUUGAGGAUGAUGAUGAGGAUGAUGCUGAUGAGGACGAUGAUGAGGAUGAUGAUGAGGAUGACGAUGAGCAUGAUGAUGAGGAUGAUGAUGAGGACGAUGAUGUGGAUAAUGAUGGGAAUGUUGAUGAGCAUGAUGAUGAGGAUGGUGAGGCGGAUGAUGAUGAGGAUGAAGAGGAUGAUGAUGAGGAUGAUGAUGAGGAUGAUGAUGAGGAUGAUGAUGAGGAAAAUGAUGAUGAGGAUGAUGAUGAGGAUGAUGAUGAGCAUGAUGAUGAGGAUGAUGAUGAGGAUGAUGAGGAGGAUGAUGAGGAUGAUGAUGAUGAGUAUGAUGAUGAGGAUGAUGAUGAGGAUGGUCACGAGGAGGAGGAUGAUGAGGAUGUUGAUGAGGAUGAUGAUGAGGAUGAUGACGAUGAUGAAUAUGAGGAU